CACAAAAAGAGAAGAGAAGGCCAGCAGGCAGAUGGAAGCAGAUGAGAUCAUAGAAGAGCCUCAUACCACCAUGGAUGCAGAGGAGCACCCCCCUUCAAAGGACCCCUCUGCUGAGGACUUACAGGAGAACCAUAUCUCUGAAAGCUUCUUGGAGCCUUCCACCUCUGAGACCCCCUUAGAGCCCCAUACCUCUGCAUCCCCUUUGGUGCCAUCCCCUUCCCAGAUCCCCUUAGAGGCCCAUUCCCCUGAAACCCAUCAGGAGCCUUCCAUCUCUGAUACUCCUUCAGAGACCCCUACCUAUGAGGCUUCAUUGUAUAGUCCCACCUCAGUGGUGCCAGAGAAACACCUUACUCUUCCUCCCCAAUCACGAGACUAUGUCUCUCUGUCUUCUUCUGAUACUCUGAAGGAAGACCUCCCCUCUGAGUCUUCUUCCAAUGAGGUCCCAUGGACAAGGAGGUCUACCCAUCUCUCUGAAUCUGAGAGCCUUCCAGAACACUCUUUUUCAGGCCCUUCAGCCCAGGUCCAAGUGGACACAUCCGAAAAGCAGGAGGAAGAAGCAGGAGAGGUUGAAAAUGGAGUAGAUGCCAGUGACAGCACUGCUCACACAGCCCAACCUGGACACCAACUAGGCAAGAAGAAGAAGAAAGGAGUUAGCUGUAACACAGCCCGCCCAGUGUUCCCUGCUAAGCAGACAGAGCUGGUGGAAGUGGCUAAGGCAAUGCAUAGAGAGGGGUUUGGUGCUCAGGUGAACAAUCUUUUCCAGUGGGAGAAGGAUGCAGCCCUGAAUGCCAUCCAGACAGGUCUCUACAUUGGCUGGCGCUGCCCCCAUUACCUAUGGGACUGUUUCCGGAUUGGGGAUGAGUCCAGAUGCUUUUGUGGACACUUGUUGAGAGAGCACCGGAUCAUCUCAGACAUAUCGGUGCCCUGCAAGGUAAGCCAGUGCCGCUGCUUCAUGUUCUGCUUUAUCCCAUCACGCCCAGAGGAGGUGGGUGAGUUCUGGCUCAAGAGACGGGCCACCUUUGACCCCAAGGCCUGGAGGGCCCAAUGUCGCUGCAAACACAGCCACGAAGAACAUGCAGCCACUGGGCCCCAUCCCUGCAGGCAUCAUGGCUGUUGCUGCGGCUGCUUUGAGUCUAAUUUCCUCUGUGCGGCCUGUGACCGGCGCUGGGAGGAACACGAGACUUUCUUUGAGACCCAGAAGACCCGGCGACGAGGAGGGAGGCCUCACGAGAUGCCUGUGCUCCGAGAAGCCAUCCUCAGCAACUCUGACUUCAAGGCCCUGCAGAUACAGGGGCCCUCUGGCCUUCCCAGCUCCCACCCUAGUCCCCCAGGGCUCCCUGGCUCACGCAGUCUCCAGCCUGGCCUCCCUUCUGACCCCCAUACCUGACCCUUCCACCUCUGCUCUUCCCUCCUCCAGGGACAGACACUGUCAGCAACUGGCACAGGCCUUUGUGAGUCUGGCCCAGAUCAGCAA